AUGCUAGUCGAUUCCCAGUCAGAGGCACUAAUUGUUAUGAAGAAACUGCUGCAAGACGAUCUGCAAGAGAAGAACGGGAACUUGGCAGACCUAAGGGCUCAGAUCAUUGUCCUCAAUGAAGCUCAGAAGAAGUCCCAGGCAAUGCUGGAAGCUGCAGAGUUGCAUCUAGAAAACACAAGGGAGCAGCUUAGAUUGGCUGAUGAGGAAGUGGCCAAGAACCGUGUAGGACGUGAAAUCGGGAGCCGGAUACUGCUCCUGCCUGGGUUUGGGUCACUCAUUGGAGCUGGGAUGGUUGUUGGUUACCAAGCAGCUCUGGACUCAGCUGAGAAUCUUGUAGCUGAGGCCCAAAGGUCUGUGGCUCUAUGUACAGCAGAAGUAGAUCGCUACAGGAAUGAGAUUGCCCAAUUGUCCCAAAAGGAGCAGGCGGUACAAGAUGGAAUAAAUGCUACCAGUCAAAAGAUCCUCCAGAUUCAAGCUAAGUGUGAUGAAGUACUUGCUUUCCACAAUGCCGUAACAACGCAGCAGUCUUGGAUCAGAAAAUGCCUUUCACUGUUAGAUCUGUUGGGAGGCAAGAUUAAUGCGGCUACAGUGAUGUCCCGUCAUGCCUGUAUCCCUGGGAUCCUGGUGGAUAUUUUAGAAGAAAUAGCAGGUGUGGUAGAAGGGCAGCAUGGGGUGGCAUUCUGUGCCAAUGAGGAAAUCCAGACUUCAGUUCUGGAAAUAAAAAAUGCAGUGAAAUCUCUGAGAGGAAGGGCAGGAGGAAGCACACCUAUUGCUUAUUAAUCCAUCCAUGGCCUUUCUCAUCAUACUGUUUUUAGUAAACACUUUUCUCAUACCAUUCACCUCUUUCUUUUGUUUUCUGAAUGUGAACCUAUAUAGUGAAACAUACCAGCAAAUUAUUUACAGUGGUGUUCUUGUGGGGGUUUUGUUUUUAUUUUCAUUACUGCAAUAUUGUGUAAGAAAAUUAUGCAUAGUAAGAAAUCACAAACUUCCAUCCAUAUUGCAGAGCUAGGACAAGUUAGGUUUUUGCACUACAAGUUUCAGAAUCAUAGAGCCAUAAUGGCUGGGGAUACUGGGAGCUGUAGUUCAAAAACCUAUUUUUUCCUAGGACCUGCUUUUGGGUAUGAAAAAGGAAAGUGGUGCUCUCAGCCUCCAAGGAAGGCAAUGGUAAACCCCCUCCUAAAAAAUCUUGCCAAGAAAACCUUUAGGGUUGCCAUAUGUCAGAAAUGAAGGCACACAACAACAACAGAAGCUGAUGGAGGCAGACUCCAACAUGGAAUCUGGCUGAGAUAGUUUUGCUAGUAAAUGUAGAACAUACCCAGGUUCUGAGAAUGAGGCCAUUUGGCACAAUCUUUGCACAAUGAGAAUUCAGAAAAUGCUGACCAUUUUCAGUUGCAACAUACUCUCUCUCUCUCUCUUUGAGUAUCCCUGCUGACCCCAAAUAUAAAAAUAUGUGUUCCGGUAAUGUAUAUCUGGACUGUUUCAAAAGUUUGAUCAUUUUUCCUAUAAAUACUAGAGGAAUUAAUGGUUCCAUACUCUCUUAACUAACCUGUUCAUCACUGAAUAUACAUCAGGACAACUGCUGGUGUCGAGGAAAAGAACUUCAAUGUACUGUAAAUGUUAGGUUCUGUAUAAAGCGCAAUGUUAAAUGUCACAUUGUCUUAGUAAGUGAGCUGCUGUGUCUUGUUGCUCGGAAAACGUAGAAUCUAUUGUCUUCUUGUGUCCUCUUUUUCUUAAAAAAAGAAGAAAAAUUAGCUAUUUUUUGGCUAUUACAUGAUAUA